CUCAGUCACCGCGGACUUCCCUUGCCCAAGGACGCGGAACCCCCAGGUGCAGAAGGUCUGACAGGCUGCAGAAGAGCUGCAGUGGGACCGGGGAAGCCAUGAUGGUCCCAUGGACAUGUCGAGCUGCUUCUAGAGGCCUAGGACACCUCUUCAAGGUGUGGACCUGGACAGUACUGUGUUGUGAAUUCCUGGGGCAUCAUGGAACAGACUGUUGGACUUACCAUUAUUCUGAAAAACCAAUGAACUGGGAAAAUGCAAGGAAGUUCUGCCAGGAAAAUUACACAGAUUUAGUUGCCAUACAAAAUAAGGGAGAAAUUGAAUAUCUGGAGCAGACACUGCCCUACAGCCGGUUUUACUACUGGAUAGGAAUCCGGAAGGUCAAAAAUACAUGGACAUGGGUAGGAACCAAUAAGCCCCUCACUGAAGAAGCAGAGAACUGGGGAGCCGGGGAACCCAACAACAAGAAGUCCAAGGAGGACUGUGUGGAGAUCUACAUCAAGAGGGCCAAAGACUCGGGGAAGUGGAAUGAUGAUGCCUGCCACAAGGGCAAGAGGGCCCUCUGCUACACAGCUUCUUGCCAGACCUGGUCAUGCAGUGGUCACGGAGAAUGCGUGGAAACCAUCAAUAAUCACACCUGUAACUGUGAUGCAGGGUACUAUGGGCCCCAAUGUCAAUUUGUGGUCCAGUGUGAACCUUUAAAGGCCCCCGAGCUGGGAACCAUGGACUGUACUCACCCUUUGGGAGACUUCAGCUUCCGCUCACAGUGUGCCUUCCACUGCCCAGAGGGAACAGACCUAGUUGGGAUGGAAGAAACACACUGUGGACCAUUUGGAAACUGGUCAUCUCUUGAACCAACCUGUCAAGCGGUCCAGUGUGAACCUUUAAAGGCCCCCGAGCUGGGAACCAUGGACUGUACUCACCCUUUGGGAGACUUCAGCUUCCGCUCACAGUGUGCCUUCCACUGCUCAGAGGGAACAGAUCUAGUUGGGAUGGAAGAAACACACUGUGGACCAUUUGGAAACUGGUCGUCUCUUGAACCAACUUGUCAAGUGAUUCAGUGUGAGCCUCUGACAGCACCAGAUUUGGGGACCAUAGAGUGCAAUGACCCACUGGCCAACUUCAGUUUUACCUCUGUGUGUACCUUCAACUGCUCUGAAGGAACUGAGUUAAUUGGGAAAAAGAAAACUACUUGUGGUUCUUCCAGAGUCUGGUCCAGUCCUAGUCCAAUAUGCCAACAGUUGGACAGAAGUUUCUCAAUGAUCAAGGAAGGUGCCUAUAACCCCCUCUUCAUUCCAGUGGCAGUCAUGGUCACUGCAUUCUCUGGGCUGGCAUUUAUCAUUUGGCUGGCAAGGCGGUUAAACAAAGGGAGGAAAUCUCAGCAAAGGAUGGAUGACCCAUAUUAGUUCACCCUGUAUAAACGGCAUGUCAUGAGGCUCUACACGGGUCAUUGGACAAUAACUACCAAACCUUUCAUGAAGAGUUUUGUGUGGUGACAUCUCCUACAUCUAAGAUGAAGGGUGUUUGCUCCCGCGCAGCUGGAAAGAUUUCUACAUGACCAACAGCUCCCUGUGCUUAUCCCUCACCCGCAUCUG